UUUGCUUCCAGGUUCCAUCCAAACUUGCCUUCUCUCUUCUAAACAUCACAUCACAUCGUCCUCUCUCUCUCUCUCUCUCCCCACAGCUUCCCAUAUACUCUUUGUUUGCCUGAAACGCACCGCAAUAUAGAAGGCAUCCUUCCCUGCUCCUGUCUCUCAGGCUUCUUCUGUUUCUUGGGGCUUUCCUUGUUCUGGACAUUUGAAUUGGUCGAGAUCCGAUGGUGAUCGAGAGAAAUCUGGCCAGUCAGAAAGGCAAAGAGUACUGCGAGUUGCCGAGCGAGCCGAAGAAUAGCAAGUCAAAGAAGAGCAAGCGCCGGCAGAGGAAAGCCUCGCCGGUGCAGAAGCUAUACGAAAUUUGUAAGCAAGUUUUCGCGACGGCUCGGCCGGGGAUUGUCCCGCCGGCCGGCGACGUUGAACGCAUAAGAUCAGUCUUGGAUGAGAUGAGGGAAGUUGACUUCGGCCUGAGCCCAAAUAUGCCAUUUUUCAAGACGACGACGACAAGUGCUGGAGCUGCUGCUGGUAGACCUCCAAAAAUAACAUACAUUCACCUCCAUUUAUGCGACAAGUUCUCGAUCGGGAUAUUCUGCUUGCCACCAUCAGGCAUCAUUCCGCUGCACAACCAUCCUGGGAUGACGGUGUUCAGUAAGCUUCUCUUUGGAACCAUGCACAUCAAGUCAUAUGACUGGGCACCUGACCUCACUCGUUCCCAAGUAAGGCAGCCUCCCGGGGGAGCGCGAUUGGCUAAGGUUAAGGUGGACGCCAAGUUCACUGCACCUUGCAGGACUUCGAUACUCUAUCCAGCCGACGGUGGAAACAUGCACUGCUUCACUGCAUUGACUGCCUGCGCCAUUCUGGAUGUGAUGGGGCCUCCCUACUCCGAUCCCGAUGGAAGGCACUGCACGUACUACCUCCACUCCACCCUUCCUGCUCCAUCAGUCGUCGAUAACGGCGGCACAGUGGCCGGGGAGGACGACAGCGACACGUAUGCGUGGCUGGAAGAGACGGAGAAUCCCAAGUACCUGGACGUAGAUGUGGUGCCCUACAGCUGCCCAACAAAGUGACAUGGAAUAAUCAAUCUCAGCGCCCUUUGUAUAUCCUCUAAAUUUGUAUAUUAUGGGGAACAGAGACAGUUGAAAUGGUACUUCUGUAAUCAAGGAUAAGUCAUUUCAACAGAACAUUCAAUAAUGCACAUCCCAUAUGAAGGCUGAAGCAUUGUCUUUGUAUUUGUA